CAAUUUGGAUAGAAGGUCCUCGAUGUAUUUGGGAUGAAGGCGCUAAACAAUGGACACGUAAUGGACCAAUCAAAGUCGCUCUUAAAAGACUUAACAAUUCACAUAAUAUGAGUGAGGAAUAUCUGAAUCAACGGAAGUAUCGCGGAUUUUUUGGAAUAACCAAAGAUCCUUGCUCAAAUUACAUGUUUGUUAUGAGAUAUAAUGAAAAUGGAGAUUUGCAUUCAUAUCUUGAUGAAGCACAAGGAACUCUUUGUUGGAGAAAUAAAGUUGAGUUGCUUUGGCAAAUAUCUGGAGGAAUUGAGUACAUUCAUGAAAAUGGAUUAAUUCAUGGCAAUAUUCAUGGAGGUAAUCUUUUGAUUGAAAACGAUUUGUACCCAAUAGAUGUUCGUAUUACCGAU